AUGAAGACCCCAGCUGUUAUCAACCUUCUACUCUGUUCCUUGCCUCUCGUCAGUGGAAAGCAGGCUGGAAAACUCGUCGAAUAUGGCUUUGUCUCGCCACUUGACACCCCCUGUGAGACCGAGUUCCACCCUGACCAACUUGACGUUGCCUGGGUUGAACUUAUUGCGUCAAACACGAUUCUACGGGUGAACCUGACGACCGCCGAGCAAAAAAGAUUCCAUCUUAAUAAUCCUGCUGGGCUCCCCAGUGGCAUGGAAUUCAUGCCAGACGACAACUUAUGGUUUUCCGAAGUAGUCGGCAACUGCAUGGUAAAGUUGAAUCCCAAGGAUGGCAGCAUGACCGAAUAUCCGUUCCCUUGGACCAAUAUUUUACCCGUUGACGCUCUUCCUGCCGGUAUCCGCGUCACCAUCGAUGUCGCUGGCAAUCGCGACCGUGGAGCGUGGUUCACAUCCGUCGGUCUCAACGCCAUUGGCCGGAUUGACAUUGACACCUUCAAAUACAGUCUUUACCCGCUACCAAACCUGCUGUCGGGUCCUCUCAAUAUACAAGGUGGCCCAGGCAGCACCAUGGUCUUCUCGGAGAUCUUAGGCAACCGGGUCGGCAUUAUUGAUGUCCACACUAAAAAGAUUACCGAGUUUGAAAUUCCAACACCGCUGUCCCUAGUUCAAGGGGUCACGACAGACGCCGAUGGUCUUAUCUGGUGGACCGGUACAGGCGCUGGAAACUUUGGCACUAUUGAUGUGAAAACGGGCAAGGUAACUGAGAUGUUCAUCGCCGACAUCCGCGCCGCGGGCAAAUCGACCGUGAUUGAGAAUGGUCUUCCUAGCAUUGGUUCUUCCGGUGCAUUGGCAUUACCGGGUCCAAUUCGUGUCGGCAAAAAUGGCAAGAUCUACUUUGUCGAGGGCAAUCUGGUCCUUCUUGGAAAUCGCAUUGCCGAGUACGACCCAAAGACGGGGCUACUAAAGGAGUAUGUCAUUCCUUCUAGCCUCAGUGGCCCUUGUGAUCUCAACAACCAGCACCCAGAAGCCAUAUUCUUUGCAGGGUUUACAGGCGGCAAUCUUGGUCGGCUGAAUUACUAA